AUCUGGCAUACUUCUUCUACCACCUUCCGGUUGAGAGGGUUGCCUGGGCGUUUCCCUACGCCCCACCUGGUUUGUACACUCAAUUGAAAAGCGUUUUAAAUUGGCAAUAUAGGACCAUAGGAUGAGGGAUUGGUGGAACAUGGUGGAACUAAAAGGGGUUGAAGUAAAGUUGAAGUAUAUACAAAGGAGGUAAACUAACUGGGCGGGUGUCAAAAAGUUGGCACCCAAGGAAAAGUGGACCAAACUAAUGGGGGGGUUAUGUUCCUAGUAGCUUCUCGCUCCGAGUAGUAUGGCCAGGAGCGCGCCUAGUAGCGUCCUUGCUCCUAGUAGUAAGGCCAGGAGUGGGCUAGAAGGUUUUUGUGGAAAGGCGUUUGUUAUUGCAGGACCCUAGGCAGACCAAACUAGGUGGGGGCAUGUGAAAUCAAAUGUCGACAUUAUAUCUGUGGAUACAUGUAUAGAGGUACACAUUCUGUUAUAUACAUGUUAUACAUGUUUUUCUCCAUUCGGAUUUGAUUGAGUGCCCCUUUGGUGGUUGAGGCUCUGUGGUCACCUGGGGGGAUCAAGCAUUUGGCGGGGACUCCUCAUUGGUUGCCUCGCAGCUUCGCAGCGGGAUCACCCAUGUGUGCGGUACAUAUGGUGCUUUCGCGGCAGUGAAGGAGGAUGGAUCUGUGGUGGUGUGGGGGCAUCCUGACUAUGGUGGUAGCUGCAAAGUUGGGUGGAUGCUUACAGAAGCGGUUGUGCUGAUUUCCGCUACGCAAGCCGCGUUUAGCGCAUUGAAAGCGGAUGGGUCCGUUGUAACCUGGGGCGAUCCAGAGUUUGGAGGUGAUGCUGGUGAGGCAGGGCCAUUGCUACAAUUUGGAGUCAAGCUACUUUCAGCCACGUAUGGUGCAUUUGCAGCCGUGAAGGAAGAUGGCUCCGUGGUGACCUGGGGCAAAGAAGAGAUGGGCGGGAAACAGUUCGGAUGUGGCAGCCGACUCCUACAAGGUGUUUGCAAUAUUUGCAGCACUUACGGGGCAUUCGCUGCCACAAAGGAAGAUGGCUCGGUGGUGGUGUGGGGUGAUUCAGCAUGUGGCGGUGAUUCUUUUGGGCUGGAACUUCGAAAUGUUUCGCAGAUAUGUGCCACAUACAGUGCAUUUGCGGCCGUUACAGCAGCAGAAAUUGGUGCUACCGUCGUGACUUGGGGUGACCCAGACUGGGGCGGAGAUUCUGCUGUGGCACAGGAGUUACAAGACGUGGUGCAGGUGUGCAGCACCUAUGGAGCAUUUGCUGCCUUGAGAGGAAAUGGCUCUGUCGUGACAUGGGGUGAUCCGGCUUGCGGUGGUGAUUCUUCUGCAGUUGCCAAGAGGAUAAGAAAGCACGUGAUUCAGAUUUGCAGCACUUAUGGAGCGUUUGCUGCAACAAAAGCAGAUGGUUCUGUGGUGGCAUGGGGAGACGCAGACUGGGGAGGAGAUUCUUCCCAUGUUCAAGACCAGCUGUACAUGGUUUCAUAUGUUUGUGGUACUUUUCGUGCAUUUCUGGAGCUUCGUGCCAACGGCACCUUCCUUCUGGGAGAUGAUGCAUUCGAUAGCAGUGACGAGAGUUAUGAUGGGCUUUUGGUGGGCGUAGUGUCACUGAGUGGCAGUGGGGGCGCUUUUGCAGCCACGAAGGUAGAUGGCUCGGUUGUGACAUGGGGUGAGGCAACAUCUGGUGGCAAGUCUUCUGAAGUAGCCCAGCACUUGAAGACUGGGGUGGUAUCCGUUUGCCACACCGCGGGAGCAUUUGCUGCACUCAAAGCCAAUGGCUCUGUCGUAGCCUGGGGUGAUGCUCUAUGUGGUGGCGAUGCCGAACCCAUAUCCAAACAUUUGGGUCAAGGCGUCACAAAGGUUUCUGGAAUGUACAAGGUUUUUGCAGCCUCCAAGUCUGACGGAAAGCUGGUGAUGUGGGGAGAUGAAGAGCUGGCCUUUCCAGUUCAAGAGGUGACCCAGCAGCUCGUCAAUGUAACAUGUGUUUGUGGCACUGCUCGGGCCUGUGCGGCAGUGAGAUCAGAUGGCCGCGUUGUGACAUGGGGUGAACGAGCGUGGGGCGGCGACUCCUCAGACGUGUCCCACCAGCUGAAGGAUGUUGUCCAGCUUGCUGCAACUGGUGGUGCGUUUGCUGCGCGAACCAGUCACGGGGUCGUUGUGACCUGGGGUGAUGAGAACAGUGGUGGGGACUCUUUGGAUGUGUGGGAUCAACUUUCUUCUGGAGUGGUGGACUUGUGUCACACGAGCGGGGCCUUUGCUGCUCGCAAGGGCGAUGGCUCUGUUGUGACUUGGGGCGAUGAAGAGCUUGGUGGGAAUUCCUUCCAUUUAACCUUUGACUGGAACAAUGUCAAGCAGCUUUCCAGCACCGGCUAUGCAUUUGCUGCUGUACGAGCAGAUGGCACUGUAAUAUCAUGGGGUGACCCUUGUGCUGGUGGAGACUGCACUGCAGUUUCAUCUCAGCUUGUAGAAGUUCGGCAGAUCUACAGCACAUACCGGGCCUUUGCAGCAGUGAAGGCUGGUGGGGCGGUGGUAACCUGGGGUGAUCUUCAUUGUGGCGGCGACUCGUCCAGUGUCCAUGCUGCGUUGCAAGAGGGCGUUCUCAGCAUUUGUGGCAGCUACGGGUCAUUCGCUGCUGUGAAAGGAGACGGAACAGUAAUAACGUGGGGCGACCCUACAACUGGAGGUGACUCCUCAAUGGUGCAGCCAGUUCGCAUUCCUGACGCGGAUGAAUGAUGGAUGAAUGAGCAGUGCUGCGACGCCGUGUGCCAAGAGCAGCUUAGUUUAGAAAAGGCAGGCGUGCUGAUCCUUACGUGAAUUGCGGCAGACAGCCUGAAG